CAAAGUAGCGGGCCGAGCCCCGGGGGAGCGGGGCUGCAGCUGGGGGCGGGAGCCCGCGGGGAGCCCAGCCGAGCGCCCCCCGCCGCAGCCCCCGACAUGGGCAGGACGGGGAGGCCGGGGCGGGCGCCAGGCGCGGCGCGCUGAGGGUCUCCCAUGGGAUUGCUGGGACCUUGCUGGGUGAGAUGGCACUGUGUGCAAAAAAGCGCCCCCCAGAAGAAGAAAGGCGGGCUCGAGCCAACGACCGGGAAUACAACGAGAAAUUCCAGUAUGCGAGUAACUGCAUCAAGACCUCCAAGUACAAUAUCCUCACCUUCCUGCCUGUCAACCUCUUUGAGCAGUUCCAGGAAGUUGCCAAUACCUACUUCCUGUUCCUUCUCAUUCUGCAGUUGAUCCCCCAGGUGUCCUCCCUGUCCUGGUUCACCACCAUCGUGCCUUUGGUUCUCGUCCUCGCCAUCACGGCUGUUAAAGAUGCCACCGAUGACUAUUUCCGCCACAAGAGUGACAACCAGGUGAAUAACCGGCAGUCCCAAGUGCUGAUCCGCGGGAGCCUCCAGCAAGAGCCGUGGAUGAACGUCCGUGUCGGUGAUAUCAUCAAGCUGGAAAAUAAUCAGUUUGUGGCGGCGGAUCUCCUCCUCCUUUCCAGCAGUGAGCCCCACGGCCUGUGUUACAUAGAGACAGCAGAACUCGACGGGGAGACCAACAUGAAAGUGCGCCAGGCGAUCCCAGUCACCUCGGAGUUGGGAGACAUCAGUAGGCUCGCCAAAUUUGAUGGGGAGGUGGUCUGCGAGCCGCCCAACAACAAGCUGGACAGGUUCAGCGGGACCCUGUACUGGAAGGAGAGCAAGUUUCCGCUGAGCAACCAGAACAUGCUGCUGCGGGGCUGCGUGCUGCGUAACACGGAGUGGUGCUUUGGCCUGGUGGUGUUUGCUGGUCCCGACACAAAGCUGAUGCAGAACAGCGGCAGGACCAAGUUCAAGAGAACGAGCAUCGAUCGCCUGAUGAAUACACUGGUGCUCUGGAUUUUCGGGUUCCUGGUCUGCAUGGGGGUGAUCCUGGCCAUCGGCAACGCUAUCUGGGAGCAUGAGGUCGGGACGCGCUUCCAGGCCUACCUGCCCUGGGACGAGGCGGUGGACAGUGCCUUCUUCUCUGGCUUCCUCUCCUUCUGGUCCUACAUCAUCAUUCUCAACACCGUUGUGCCCAUAUCGCUCUAUGUCAGCGUGGAGGUCAUCCGCCUGGGCCACAGCUACUUCAUCAACUGGGACAAGAAGAUGUUCUGUGCGAAGAAGCGGACGCCCGCAGAGGCCCGCACCACCACCCUGAGCGAGGAGCUGGGCCAGGUGGAGUACGUCUUCUCCGACAAGACGGGCACGCUCACGCAGAACAUCAUGGUCUUCAGCAAGUGCUCCGUCAGCGGCCGCAGCUAUGGGGACGUGUUCGAUGUCCUGGGACACAAAGCCGAAUUGGGAGAGAGGCCAGAGCCUGUGGACUUCUCCUUCAACCCUCUGGCCGACAAGAAGUUCGUCUUCUGGGACCCUAGCCUCCUGGAGGCCGUCAAGACGGGCGACCCCCACGCGCACGAGUUCUUCCGCCUCCUUUCUCUGUGUCACACCGUCAUGUCUGAAGAGAAGAACGAAGGCGAGCUAUACUACAAGGCACAGUCCCCGGACGAGGGUGCCUUGGUCACGGCGGCCAGGAACUUCGGUUUUGUGUUCCGCUCUCGCACUCCCAAAACCAUCACCGUGCACGAGAUGGGCACAGCCGUCACCUACCAGCUGCUGGCCAUCCUGGACUUCAAUAACAUCCGCAAGCGGAUGUCCGUCAUCGUGCGGAAUCCAGAAGGGAGGAUCCGACUCUACUGCAAAGGGGCUGACACGAUCCUGCUGGACAGGUUGCACCCCUCCCCCCAGGAGCUGCUCAGCACCACCACGGACCACCUGAAUGAGUACGCCGGGGAAGGGCUGCGGACCCUGGUCCUGGCGUACAAGGACUUGGAUGAAGAGUACUAUGGGGGCUGGGCCCAGAGACGGCUCCAGGCCAGCCUGGCCCAGGACAGCCGGGAGGACAGGCUGGCCAGCGUGUACGAGGAGGUGGAGAGCGACAUGGUGCUGCUGGGUGCGACAGCCAUCGAGGACAAGCUUCAGCAGGGGGUUCCGGAGACCAUCGCCCUCCUGACGUUGGCCAACAUCAAGAUCUGGGUGCUGACCGGGGAUAAGCAAGAAACGGCUGUGAACAUCGGCUAUUCCUGCAAGAUGUUGACGGACGACAUGACGGAGGUGUUCAUCGUCACCGGCCACACCGUCCUGGAAGUGCGGGAGGAGCUCAGAAAAGCCCGGGAGAAGAUGCUGGACUCGCCCCACGCGGUGGGGAAUGGCUUCACCUGCCCAGAGAAGCGUUCGUCUGCCAAGCUCCCUUCUGUCCUGGAGGCCGUUGCCGGGGAGUACGCCCUGGUCAUCAGUGGGCACAGCUUGGCCCACGCGUUGGAGGCGGACAUGGAGCUGGAGUUCCUGGAGACGGCCUGUGCCUGCAGGGCCGUCAUCUGCUGCCGCGUGACCCCUUUGCAGAAGGCCCAGGUGGUGGAGUUGGUUAAGAAACACAAGAAAGCUGUGACGCUGGCCAUCGGGGACGGAGCCAAUGAUGUCAGCAUGAUCAAGACGGCUCACAUCGGCGUGGGCAUCAGCGGCCAGGAGGGCAUCCAGGCUGUGCUGGCCUCCGACUACUCCUUCUCCCAGUUCAAGUUCCUGCAGCGCCUCCUGCUGGUGCACGGCCGCUGGUCCUACCUGCGCAUGUGCAAGUUCCUCUGCUAUUUCUUCUACAAGAACUUUGCCUUCACCAUGGUCCACUUCUGGUUUGGCUUCUUCUGCGGCUUCUCCGCCCAGACCGUCUACGAUCAGUAUUUUAUCACUCUUUACAACAUUGUGUACACCUCCCUCCCGGUCCUAGCCAUGGGGGUCUUUGACCAGGACGUCCCGGAGCAGCGGAGCAUGGAGUACCCCAAGCUCUACGAGCCGGGCCAGCUGAACCUCCUCUUCAACAAGCGGGAGUUCUUCAUCUGCAUCGCGCAGGGCAUCUACACGUCCGUGCUCAUGUUCUUCAUACCGUACGGGGUGUUCGCCGAGGCCACGCGGGACGACGGCACCCAGCUGGCCGAUUACCAGUCAUUCGCCGUCACCGUGGCCACGUCCCUGGUCAUCGUGGUCAGCGUGCAGAUUGGGCUGGACACCGGCUACUGGACGGCCAUCAACCACUUCUUCAUCUGGGGCAGCCUGGCCGUCUACUUCGCCAUCCUCUUUGCCAUGCACAGCAACGGGCUCUUCGACAUGUUUCCAAACCAGUUCCGGUUUGUGGGCAAUGCCCAGAACACUCUGGCGCAGCCCACGGUGUGGCUAACCAUCACGCUCACCACGGCUGUCUGCGUCAUGCCCGUGGUCGCCUUCCGAUUCCUCAAGCUGAGCCUGAAGCCGGAUCUCUCAGACACAGUGCGCUACAGCCAGCUGGUGAGGAAGAAGCAGAAGGCCCAGCACCGCUGCCUGCGCCGCGUGGGCCGCACCAGCUCCCGCCGGUCAGGCUACGCCUUCUCGCACCAGGAAGGCUUCGGGGAACUCAUCAUGUCGGGCAAGAACAUGCGGCUCAGCUCCCUGGCGUUGGCCGGCUUCACCACGCGCUCCAGCUCCAGCUGGCUUGAGAGCCUGCGGCGCAAGAAGAGCGACAGCGCGGGCAGCCCCAGCGCGGGGCCUGACAAGCCCCUCAAGGGCUGA